GUUGUCAUACUUUAAGUUUUCUGUUUUCACUGGCGGGUACUUCAAACUCUGGAGGGAGUGUGGACUGUGAGUUAACGUACUGAGGCACUUGUGUCUCUGCUUUUCCCUUUUGCAUGUACUUAUUAGCUACCUAAUACACUCUGCUGAGAAUUCAUAGUCGAUUAUAAAAAUUCAUGGAAGGUGGUCAGCCGAUUGCUGAAUAAUUAACGGCAGUAUGCAUUCAAGUUCAACAUCGGAUUCUGAUUAUGAAUAUCGCAAAAGAAAUAGUUAUUGUCUUAGUUGUCAAAGAAGGCCUAAAGCUUCUUUGAAGUUUAUAUUAACUAUAUGGUAUUCUCCGGAAACUAGUUCAGCUAUAGCUGAGGCUAUGUCUUCUGCUUAUACUGAAGUACAGUUACAGGAGAUUGUUUCCAGUUCAACCAAAGAUAUAUUACAACUAGCUGAGAAACACUUUGCGGAUCUUAGAAUAUAGUGUUUAUCUACUGGUUUGUUUUUUCUUUCUUCAUAUUCCUCCUCCUCCUGUUUUUCCCUUCUUCUCUUUCGUCUUUUCCUUCACCCGGCCCCCUCCACUAUCUAUCAUCUUUGUUUGUUUUUCUGUUUCUUUUUUUGUCAAAUCAGAGUUUCGUGUUUUCACCCUAUUCAACAAGAUCAAAAUGUUCUUCAAUUAAUUCAUACUUUUAAAAAUUGUAUAUUUUGUUAAUUCAUGCACGUUUUUUUGUUUGUUUGUUUGUUUGUGCAUUCGUUGGCACUUGAUUAAAAAAUGAUUGAUUGUAUAAGUUAACUUAUGAGUGUGAGUAUUUGUGUACAUAGACUAUUUCUUCCAUCGGCGACAAUUAGCUCAGACGACAACAACAAGUUAUGCAGACAAUUUUUCGUAUAUCAAUAAGCAUAAACUAUAUCUCAUGUUCAUGAUAUAUAUGUGUGUGUAGCAGUAAGGGAAAUAAAUAAUCGAAUGUAUUGUUAUCUAUUCAUUUUGUUGAUGGGAUAAUAAAUAUACGUUUUUUGGGGAUAAAGUGUGUUAAUCAGUGUUUGUCAUUUCUU